AUGGAAGCCUGGGAAUCCUCCCAGCGACGUGUCACUCGGAUUCGCUAUCUGCCUAAACCCUCGGGGGUUUUCUUCCAAGGCCGCAAGUUUGCUGCUGCUCUCGCGCUGCACCUGCACCAGGCUGCCCCUGUGGCUUCUGCUCCUUCUCUAGCAGCUAUUGCUGCAGCAGCAGCAAACAGGCGAACGCUCCGCGGGUCAUUUGGCCACGAGACGAUCAAUGCGGUAGCCCAGCGGUUGCUGGCUUUGGACGCUCACACACUGACUCCGUGGCUCCCAUCUUUUGUGCUGCUGCUGCACCAGCGGUUCGCGUUGCAGCAGCAGCUAGCUAAGCACUUGGCUGCUGCAGCAGAGCCGCUGCUGCAGCAGCAGCAGCUGCAGGAGCAGCAGCAGCAGCAAGAGCAGCAGCAAGCAUCAGCAAUGGAGCAGCUGGUGCAGCAGACGCUGCGGGAUGCAAGCCCGAGCCUCCUGAAUUGGGCGCAUCCCGCUUUGCUGGCCCCUCGUCUGCUGCUGCGGAUUAGUGGAGGACUUUUUGCUGCUACGGAAUAUGAGAUGCCACUGUCUUUGGCCCGUCGCCUCUUUAGCAGGAUUGCUGCGGCCCUCAAGAGCGCAGCAGCUUUACAGAGCCACAGCAGCAGCAGCAACAGCAGCGACAGCAGCAACAGCGGGAGCAGCAGCAGCAGCAGGUGCAAAAUGCUGCUGCCUCUUCGAGAUGUGGCAUUUUUUUGCUCAGCGCUGAAGCAGAGUGGACUACGGGAAAGCGACACCGUUCGGUUGCUGCUGCUGCAGCUGCAGCAGGACUUGCUGCGUGCUGAUGGCACAGAAGCAGCAGCACCAGCAGCAGCAGCACAAGCUGAGCCAGAGGCCCCCACCGGGUCGACAGCUACAGAAGCAGCAGCAGAAGCACCAGAAGAAGCACCAGCAGCAACAAUGGAUGCGCCGCCAGCUGCUGCCGAAGCAGCUGCAGCAACUGACACGGCUGCAGCAGCAGCAAAAACAGCAGAAGAAGCCGAGCAGUUCCUCGCUGCUGCUGAGGGCAGCGCAGCAGAUCUGUGUGCAGUUCUUGAUGCUGCUGCAUUUAGCUGCAGGACACCAGCAGCAGCAGCAGCAGCAGCAGCCGAUGCAGCGGAUGCAGCGGAUGCAGCGGAUGCUGCAGCAGCACAGCAGUUGGCUGCUGCUGCAGCAAAAGAAUUCGCUGCUUUAUUUGAACUGGCUUGGCGGUUGCUGCUGUUCAAUGCUAUGGCUGCUGGGGGCCCCCCAGCCAUUUUAAGCAGCGGGGAUUACUUGGCGGUUUUGAAGGACUUCUUGUCUCGCCACCCGGACUUGGACCCAGAAGCCCUAGGCUCCCUGUCUCUCUAA